UCACGUCGCAGCCGGUUGAUCGCCUGGCCGCUCAGAAUGUUGGGAAGUGUAGUUCCGAAAGCAGCCGAGUUCUACAUCGAAGCGGGAAGUGUUGUUUGAAAAAACUACAACUACCAGUGAGCUGUUGGGGCUCCACCGAGCAGCGACUGAGAGGGGAAGAGGAGCUGAGAUUGGAGGGAGUGAGAAACACUGAGCUGAAAGCAGUAAAUCCCAGUCAUCUUGGCAGUAGCUGAAUGUCUGCUGCAGGAGCAACCUAACCCCCCCCCCCCCCCCAGGACCCCAGGACCCCAGGACCCCAGGACCAGAGUACACCAGCACCUUGCCUCCUUGAGCUAGCUGUAUUUAAUAUAGUUAACAAAUGAGCCCCACUCCUUCACACAUCUAUUAGCUGCCUGCACGUGAUGAACAUGUUUUAAUAUUCAACACCCAAACCUCUUCUCCUGGGCAGAGUUACUGUACUAAGGGUCAUGUUCAAUCUGUGAAACUCGCUCCCUGUGCUUUUAAGUGCACCCAAAGAUGUAAAGGUGGAGGUAGUGUAAUAAAGACAGCAGGAACAAGAAGAACAAGAAGCCUGCGCACAGAAUCCCUUGCUGCUGGUUCCAGCUUAAUAUACACCUAAAACCUGCAUGGUGUCACACGGCCUUGGAUGGCAUCUUCCUGAUGAGAACUGACUGCUUUCUCUACAUUGUUGUUUGAAGGCUACUGUGGACCCUUUUCCAGUGUCCUAAUAAUACCAGGACAAAAAUAACUAAUUUGGUUGCAAUGGUUCUCUUCUAAAUCAAUCCAAAGAAACCAUUAAAAAUAUAUAUAUUUCUCAUCCCUCAUUGAGCUGGUAUAUUCCGCUGCAGACCUGCUUUGCUUUCUGUUUUACACUAGUAGUAUAAUUCUUUCAGUGGCUCCAUUGCCAUCGGUCUGUGUGGAACAGCCAGGGCUUGAAACUCUAGGAAUGCAGAGAUCUGGCAACUACAGUUUGGGGGGUGUCAAUUUUGUAACGCUAUGCAGGUCCCACUAUUAGUAAUAGUAGCCCAAUUGUGUUCUGGCUCUCUCCCAGAGCCCCUCAGCUUGCGCUGACGAACCAGAGCACCCAGAGAGGGGGGUAUAGAUGUCUUUGUGGGAAAGCCAUGGAAGGAGAUACCGAUCGCAUGGAGGAUAUAAAUGGAUUGACACCAGAGUAUCACAAGACUGAAGAUCAACCCAGCAGCAAAUUGGCACUCAAAUCAGUACCUAUUUCAUCUCUGAAGCAGAAUGGCCUUUUGCAGUCUCUCGCAGCAGGAGGGAAUGAAGAGCAAAAGAAAGAGCUGAGUUCAGAUUUACAAGAAGCACAGGAGGAAUGGGCUGCACUGGAGUCUAUUCAUCCAGUGAUCUCUGAAGACUCUGCUGGUUACACACCUCUGAUCUCUUUCAAUGAGGCUCUGCAGCACUUCCAGACCACAGACCUCUCUGACUACAUGAAGAUCCAGCCUACACUGCGACGGACUGGUCUGGCUGCCAUCGCACACUUCCUGUUCGGCCACCCACGGCUGCACCGCGAGCUGCAGGAGGAGAGGGACCUGGUGUUCACCAUUGCGCAGUGCUCCCUGGAUAAUACCCAGAAGGUACACAUGCGGGUGCUGCAGACAAUCUAUAAGAAGCUGACAGGUGCCCGCUUUGACUGCCCCCGAUAUGGAUCCCACUGGGAGCAGGUGGGGUUUCAGGGGACGGACCCAGCGACAGACCUUCGGGGAACUGGAUUCCUGGGACUCAUGCAUGCUCUCUACCUGGUGAUGGAUCCCCAGACGCUGCCCCUGGCCCGAGACAUCUACAGACUCUCCCAUCACCCAUCCCAGAAUUUUCCAUUCUGUGUGAUGUCCAUUAAUAUCACUCGGAUUGCCAUCAUGGCUCUUCGAGAAGAGACUCUGUCUAAAGAGUGCAAUCGAAGACAGCAGGUUGUUGGGGUCCUGAAUGAUUUCUAUGUAGCCACGUUCCUCCAUCUUUUCCAGAUCUGGAAAACACAGCACAAAACAAUCUCUGAUUCUGGCUUCGUAUUGAAAGAGGUGGAGGUGUUUGCCAAGAAGAACCCAAAGCAGGUUCUGCGACGCUUGGAGAGCUUCCUGAGCGAGCGGAAGUCAGGGGGGAUGGCCCUGGCAUUGGAGACCUGUUCCCAGAAUCCCUCUCCCAGCAUGGGCAGAAGGAGCCCCCGGCUAGACCCCUCCUCCAACGGCAAGGAGCUGAACUUCACUGGCGUGUGUGACCUCCCACCUGAGAUGGAGGGAGAGGCCAGGCUCAUCUGAGGUUUCCGUUACACACAUCAAAUCAAAUAGCAGUUCUGUGUAGAAACACACAGCUCUCCCACCUUAGUCCUUUUGUGUGUUGUCACCAUGGGUUUCGGAAACCAUAUGUGAUGUGUGAUUUUUUUUAAAUUUUUGUUUUUGACUUUCAAUUGUCUUUCUGCUUGAACCAUGCAAUAGCUGUACAGUCAUGGGAAAAUAAUUGAGUGUGUGCGCUACACCAGCAUUGGUGAAUUGUUAGUAAAUGCCAGUUCUAGUGACACACACAAAUAUGCAUAAUUUUCAUAGAAGGCCAAUACAAAUGCAGGACCUAUUUUGUCUACACUGUGUAGACAUUCUGUUCUUAUUGGCAUUCUCUGUCUAAUGCUUUCUAUGGCACCUGAAAACUUGUCUUAUUGGAAUGUGAAUUGCUUUUUGCAUGUGGGUAUAGGUUUGGAUAUUGAUGAUUUUCGGGGUGAUGGUCCUAGGGGGAAAUGAAGUUCAGGAUGGGUGGUAAAGUUACUCAAUUCAUCAUUAGUGUUGGAUACAGCAACACAGUACAUUGUAGUUAGUAGGUGGCUUUGUGAUGGUAUUAAUAAACAUAAGUGAAAGAUUUUCUACUUGGCAUGCCUGCAUAAAGAAUUUUCAUGAGGAAGACCAGACCGAUCAAACCACAGUAGAUGCUGUUGAUAUCUUGUGGGGUAAAUACCAAAUAAUCCCUUACUGGUACAUGCAUUAAACCUCCUACAAUUUGGUCAAUAGCAUUCAUUAGCCAAGCCUUGGAUUUCCAUUCACUUUUAGAGGUUUUACUGAUGCAACCUCCUCAAGUCUAUGUUUUGCUUUUAGAUAUUGUAUGUAUAAAAUAUUUAACAGUAUAAUAGUUUUAUUUAUUUAUUUUUUGUCUGGGUUAGAAAGCCCUUGAACCCGUGGCUAACACAGUAAAUAAAAAAACGCCACUUAAACUGGUAGCGAUGUCCAUUCCUUGAGUUUGAGAGUCUGCUGGUGUAGAUCAACAGGGGGCAGUGUGUUACAUGCUGGGUGUUAACUACACUGGAUAAAGUGCAAGGCUUUUAACAGUGAGGUAAUUCUUGGGAAGAUUCCUGUGUCCGCAUGGGAUUCAGACUCUGCUUUUUCAUUUAGAACCUUCACUAUUCUACCAUCAUCACUACUGACUGCUGCUGCUGCUUCCUGUCGUAUUUAAAUACUAUUUGAUUUGGUAUUUCUAUUCAACUGCCUAAGUGAAUUUGAAAGCCCAUUUCGGUUGUUUCACAGAAAAAAAAAAAAAACUGUAAUCAAUUUACUAACAUGUUUCUCAGUUGUGAUUGAGAUGCCUCAACAUGUAUGAAUUGAAUUAAGGAUAGUGUAAAAGUCAGGGUAAAGCACUGAAAACCAGAAUCCCUAAUUAUACAGUAUGUGUACACUUUUUACUUGUGUUUUAAUAAUCUUGGAAACAUUUGCAAAUGUGUACAUUAUAGUAGGAUUGUGGUUUUCUCUUUUCAAUAUUUUUUUUUUUGACUGGUUGAAUCGAUGUAUAGUAGUAGCUAUUUCAUUGGAAGCUGAACAACACUAUUUAAUCUCUUUCAAAGAUGGAAAGUCUGUAUUUAAGAUUCAUAAACCAAAUCCAAUUGGUGACUGUGCUGAAAAUUAUGGAUUAUGGACUUGUAACGUGUCACCAGCUCUGAACUGCUAAGUUUAUUAUGCACUUAAAAAAAAAGAUCCAAUGUAAUAAGCUAUCUAAAAUACUUAUAAUAAUAGUGUAAUUUUAAAUGACAGUUUUACAAUAUAAUCAUUAAUUUCUGAUUGGAAUUGCAAAGCUGUAAUAGAUUUAAUGUAAAACGUGCUCUUGCUUAAUCAUUAAUGAAAACAACAUGUAAAAUGUUUUGAAUUUUCUUACUGCAGUCUUUUCGCUAAUUUGUGACAUGAUACCACUUCUAACUUUUAUCACGUUUACUCAUCAGAUUUGGGUUAAGAAUAUUAAAUAGACAUAUCUUUGAUAGAAUAAAUACAUCUGUAUAUGACCACACAUUGCUCCCUGUUCUGAACACCAGGCAUGGGUUAGUCAUGGAUGUUUGAAGUAAUAUAGAACAUUAAGAGGCCUAUUCAAAUGAUUGUAAUGGCGUGGUUUAACUUCUUAUUAGACAAACCUGCAGUGUGGUUACAGUAUAAACUCAGUAAACCACUUUGCAAUGUUGCUGUGGGCUACCAGUACAGUAGCUACUGUACUGCUUUUGGCCAUGUAUAUAAUACACAUUACAAUACAAUGUAUCAUGUAAAGUUCAUCAGUACUCGCUGAUCGUUACGCCCCUAAUGUUAUUGCAGUAAGGGUUAAGCCAGCUUUGCAAAGUGGGAGACGUUAUAACCAUGAGGACCUGCACUGUCCGAGAUGGUAUUGCGCCUUGAUACACAAAGAAGGGCUUUUUUAAAAAAAAAAAGAGAGAAAUUCCCCACACAACUCGGGAGAACUGAAAGUUCAGUGGGCGUCCUCUGAUCCUGCAACCAAGCCAGCUUCCUCUUUUAUACCCGGGAACUCGAGCAGAUUCCAGUGAGCUACCAACCCCUGGAAGACAAACACCAGCCCUGCGGUUGUCCAUUUUUGAGUUUAAUUGGCGCCUGGCCAGCAGCGUAUGUUGUAGUGCGAUGAGGAGAAACAGUCCCUGUUGUUUUUGCCUCCCGACUCACGGGAGCUCCAGAGCCAAUGCGACGCUCCCUUUGGAAUCCCCAUUGAAGACCGGUGACUUUGCACAGCAAGAACACGAACCUGUACACCUCUGACUGUAUGACUCUCCCUGCACCCCACGUGGCUGUGCUUUUCCCAGGUGAGCCACUCUGGGACACCAAAGGGGUUAUUAGAUCUCAAAAACACAUUAUUACAGAACAGGUUCAAAUUGAACUCGGCCUUUGGCCUGGCACAAGGUAAUUUGCACAAAACUUUGCAACUUCAUGGGACACUGUUGUGCAACUUAGCGCUGGCCUAUCUGUAUACAUUUCACUACAAGCACUUUGCCUGUGACUUGCAUGCCCCUGACACUAAGUUAGCACAUUCAUCAACACUGUGUUCCUGUCAUCCAUGACUGUCCACAAAAAAAGAUGUUCUGUAAUAAUGUCUUCUGUCCCAUCAUGCAUUUGUUUACCAAGCAUAUGCUGUACAUGCAUGGAUGCAGGCUUUAGAAAACUUGGGCUUGGCAGUCACAGGAAAUCCUUAAGUAAUACUAAAUUGAAGAAAGGUCUUCUGAAGAAGGCGUGUUUCAUGUCAGAACACACGUGUGUGUAAAACCAGCUGCAUAAAUAAUAUGUCUACAGUAUUUUUUUUUAUUUUUUAUUUUCUGUUCUGUGUACCAUUUUUAAGAAACAACUGACUACCCUUUAAAACAAAUCUACAAAAGCUUCCUACAGCUGCAUAAGGGCUGUUCCUUCAGGGGGGCCUGAAAGGGGAAGAGCUUUUUAUAUUGCUGAAAAAUAGUUAACCAAUUAAUUGUUCAACAGGAUUGCUUCCUGUUCGAGGAGCAGCAGAUUGCUCAGUUGCAGUUGUACAUUUCUCUAUGGGUAUUUGAAACAUCCUUUUGUUCUGUUUUAAACAGCAGCUUCUCUGCUGGAGCUCCAGCAGAAGGGGGUGUACAACCCCUAUUGCAACAGAUAGGCCCCAGCAUUUGUGUAUACCAACCCUGCUCUCUGCAACAUGGCAGAAAGAUAGGUAACUAGUGUCUAGUAGCAUCUGUAGUGUUUAAAGUGUAUUCAUUAUUUUUUGUUUUGUAAAUAAAUAAAUACAAUUGAUUGUAAUAGGAAACUUUACCUGGGCAUUAAAACAAAGUACAUUCCUUACCUCAUAUUUUGAAACGUAGCGUUGCCAACAUUUACAGGGAUGCAUUCAAAGUCCUGUGCUUUUGAGUUGAUCAGCACCUGAUUCAAUUUCUUCAUUGUGUAAAUGUGAAAUAAUCUGACACUACCACAAAAAAAUAGUAAAUACAAUUCAAAUCUAUUCUUGCAUUUACAUAUGGAAAAGCUGCGUUUUGCCCCAAAAAUACUAAUUUUAUACAGAUAUGAUUAGGAUCUGACUUGGAGUGUUUACAUAUACUUACAACUGGACUAACACACUCAUAUUUGAUCUGAUCUGGGUGUGAAUGCAGUCCAGUGUAGGGAACAAUGGGUAGCUGUCUAUGCAUUCUAUAAACUCAGCACUGUAGUUUCAAUCAAGCUAAAAAAUAAUAUUCAUGCAGUAAAUUAAGUCUGUACAAUUUGGCUGCCAUUGCAAUAACAGGUUCAGUGGGAUAAAUACAACGAUUGAUUUCUUUCCCACCCAUGUAAAGCGGUUUUGAAUGCUGCCAGUCCCCAACUUACGAAACCCCCAAAAUUAUUUAUUUGGAAUUGAUCAAAGUUUAGAAGAUGCUAACGCAGGGCAAGGGUAAUUCCGGGAAUACCAAUUCAAGGUAAACUUGAUUUAGCCACUACAGGAAUAGCUCAUCGAACAUUAGAAUUGAACCUAGAAACUCCAUUCGAACCUUAGGACAGGUCUUUUGCCAUUGUGCAUAUUCUUACAUUGUAUGUGGGGAGCACUCUUGUUUAUAAGUUUCACACAUUUUGUUGGGUUAACUCGUUUUAAUGUGUAUUUUAAGUAGUCCUUCUGAAAGGCUGUCUUUUGCCACCCUCUUGCCUUGAAAUUGGAUACUCCCAGACUAAAUAUCAAGUUUGCAUGUAACUUUUGCUGUCUUGUAAUUCUAUGUUCUUGAGUGAGAAGAUCAGACUGCUACCAAAACAGACCCACUUACUGUCCUGAAUAAAUAAAUGGUUAGUAUCGAGAUACAUUUAUAGGUUAAAGCACUAGUAUGUAUUUAUAAGAUGGAAUGUUUUGCAGAGUUCUGCAGCAUCUAUUGGAUGUAAGAAAUUUGUAAGUGUGUGUCUUAAAAAUAUGAAAUAUACUCUGUACAACUACAAAAUAAAUUUAAUUUAUGUAUUUAGUGUUUUUUUUUUAUUUUUAUCGCCACUCUUCAAAUAGCAGUGUGCAGAUCAUUUUGGACUUUUAAUUACUUCAUGUAUUUGGAGAUCUACGCACUUGUGUUUGGUUGUUUGUUUGUUUGGACUUCGCUUUUAAGGCGCAGUAAGGACUUCGUUUAAAACUAUAAUUGCUAACGUAACAGUACACCAAAGUAAAUAUCAUUAAUUCCUGUAUAAAUCCAAUAAUAAAUUAAUAUUUUACCACUA